UGAUGCUGGGAACACGACCUCGUACCACGAUUCCUCUUCCUCUGAUUGGCACGAAUGAGGAUCGUUUGGUGAUUAACGCAAAAAUCAGCCAGGUAGGUGAGAUGACUAUGCCCGAGCUGAUUGUGCGGUAUUUCAACCUCGCCUCUGGCAUUCCUCGGAGCCGAAAUUUACGUGCUUUCUACAACGAAGACAACGUACAAUGACCCUUCGAACAGUACUAUUGCUACGAACAACAUCACAGAUAAUCAUCAACAUCCCGACUCUUGGACUGAGUAUAACAACAGCCUGAUCGACAUUGCCUCAGCUUUCUCUCUAUCUGAACGAUAAAUACCUCUCACAUGUCGGUGACAACCACCAUGCCGGUCCUCAUCACCUACGCCACCUCUCGCGGCUCGACGAAAGAAGUCGCUGAGCGCAUCGCUUCAAGGCUUCACGCCGACGGCAUUGCUGUCGACUGUCGUCCAGUCGAUCGCGUCUACAGCGUCGAGAACUAUAGUGCUGUCAUCAUAGGGAGUGCAGUCCACGCCGCCAAAUGGCUACUGGACGCUCAGAGGUUUCUUGACGUUGAGGCCAUGGGACUCCAAUUAAAACCGCUUUGGGCGUUCAGUCUGGGUUCGGCUCCCGGGGGAAUGCCCGGUUGGAUACGACAGCGGGUUGCGAGGAAGGAGCAGAAAGCAAUCGAAGACGUGAUCAAGUCGAAAGUGCCGAAGGUUAGAGAGCACCGCUUGUUUGCGGGUAAGGACGACGGAUCAUCCUGGCCGAGUCCCAUUCGGGGACUGUACCGUUGUCUGGGUGGGAGGUUUGGCGAUUUUCGCGACUGGAAGGAAAUUGACAAGUGGGCGGAUACAAUCGCGAAAGAGUUGGCAACGGGAGCUUGAGCAGUCAUCACGGUCGUUAUGGAUUUAUGGGACGCAUGGUGUUGACUGCUUCAGGGUGUUGGCUUUCGAACAUCCAGCCGUGCCGGUUCUGAUGGAAGGUGUACGUCUCGAGGACCCUCAGAGGAGAGGACAUGAUCAUGCAGCCAAUGACGAAUUUCCCCUCGGACAAAAUACUGACGAGGAGCCGCGAGUCAUGGUUUUGGUUGUGGAUAUUCCGCAAGUACCUCAAAUUCCAUGUGCUGUUUUCAGUUCCGUUCCUGUCUUCAUUACCGCUAGUAUAGUCCCUGAUAGGAAGCUUGAGGUGGUCUAAAUAACGACUGAUAGGGGAGUCAAUCACAAUCCACAUGUCUAAGCUGCCCCAACGGCUGACCGAGUGCUGAUUGCCAUGUGAUUAUGUCGUGCCGCAUGUGGGCUCCGGUGUGCUUGAGUAUGUACUGUGACUGUCCAGUACAGCAGAGCAGAGCAGUGGGUAGUAGCGAGGCUGCCUCGGCUCCACAAUAGUCCAGAGCGGAAACCAACGUCCUUCAGCGUACCGAUAAUCUACCCGGUCUCCAUCUCGCGGUGCCGAAGAGAAGCUGCUGCUGCUAGCACAUAACAGUCUAUCACAGUCAGAAUCGGUUUCCUGCC